AGUACGGUACACGGUUCAUAUCAGUUACAUGCUCCGUCGAGUACUUAAAUGGGUGUACGAUAGGUUGAUGGGACUGAUCACAGAGUAGAAAUGUCGCGAUCAUUUUACGUCGAUUCUUUAAUUGUGAAAAAGCCGGCUGUGACUUCACCUCUGUCCGUGAGUGAAUCUAUUGUGACAUCACAUGCCUCGAACUUACAUAUGUCUAGUGGACUUCACGCUGUCCAUCGUCAUCAUCCACACCAUCCGUUGCAUCACCAAGCUGACCACGCCCUAUCCUGUUACCCUCGUCACCCCGCGGACAUUCUCAGCUACUGUUGUCCACUGUGUGUCCAUACCCCUACGUCCUUGAUAGCAGAGGGUAGUGCCACACCUCACGCUAAACAUGACAUAGUUACCAGUCCUAGUGGACACACCCUCCAUCCCGGGGGUUACAGUCUUUCCCGAUAUCACCAUCAGCCUUUCCAGGGGAAACAACAACCACCAAGCUCUCCCCUGAGGAGCCCCGGUCAACAACAGACAGACAAUCUUAAAAGGAAUAGACUAUCAAGUAUUGGUGUAACCAGCUCUACAGAAGACCUCAGCAGCAGUAGCAAAAGAAUCCGGACGGCUUUCACCAGUACACAGCUUCUGGAACUGGAAAGAGAAUUCUCCUCAAGCAUGUACCUCUCUCGACUAAGACGAAUAGAGAUCGCCACAUACCUCAAUCUGUCGGAGAAACAGGUGAAAAUUUGGUUUCAAAACCGCCGUGUAAAAUACAAAAAGGAGGGUGUAUCAGACACACGGGAAUCAUGUCGGUGUUUGCGCACAUGUACACAAAGAAACGAUCGGCGACGACCCUCCGACAAAUACGAUUGUACCACCGAGUCGGAAUUUAUUGAUAGUCCUGAAGAUUGUAAGAAAUUACACACACCAUUGAUUAGAGACGAAAGUGAUGAGGACUAUGAGAUGGAAUGA